AAGAGAGAAAGCUGGUAGUGCUGUUGAAAGGGCCAAGUUCUCAUCUUUUAAAGAUGAGCACCAUGAGCGUCAACAGAUGGAAAGGCGUUACUACUACCAGAAAAGGGAUGCCAGCAGAACACAACAAGAAACCUACCUCUCCCUGAUUAUUGACGGCAUGGACCAAGCAAAGACAAGUCUGCCUCAUUUUGCAGGAAGGCAAACAAAGAGCAUCAGCAAUGUUGACCUGUUGAAAACCCACCUUACUGGUGUUAUUAACCACGGCAAUGGAGGCUUUCAUUCCUAUGUGGAUUUCAACCAGUUCCCACAUGAUCCAAAUCUUACAAUCAACAUUCUGCUGAGGGCUCUCAAAAAGUCUGCAGACAAACAAAUGAAUUUCCUUCCACCAGUGCUGUACUUACAGUUUGAUAACUGUUGUCGAGAAAAUAAGAACCAUUGCGUGUUGGCCUUUGCAGAACUUCUGGUCUCAUUGAAUAUUUUCAAAGAGAUCCAUAUAUCGUUUUUGAUGGUGGGCCACACCCAUGAAGAUGUCGACGUCCAGUUUUCGCUGAUAUCUAGAACUCUUAAAACAAAAGAUUGUGAAACAAUUGAAUCCUUAAUGACUGUCUGUAACGGUGAACACAUGCAUACAGUGUAUGACGUUAAAAACUGGAUCUUGCCAAAUGCUAACAAAUUCAAACUGAUAACAACACCACUUCAUUAUAAAUUUCAAAAGAAGGAUGGCACUAUUAAUGUGUGUUACAAAGGACUCAACAGUCAGGAUUGGAUUUUACUGGAUGGACAUUUUCUAAACAAACUACCAAUUGGGAAACCACAUAUAGUUAUACGAGAUUUUUCCAAAAUAAGUGUUGAAAAAAGUGUGAAACAAAUUGAAACAAUUAAAAAUCUAUUUAAUGAG